CGGACAUUGGCUCGCAGUCUCUGACGUAGGAGGUCGUAAUUGAAAACAUUCCGUCGGAGCCGCGAACAGCUUUUCCACCGAUGAAUGAAACAUAAACAAUGAAUGUUUUGGUCACUUGCUUGUUUUUCGCGGCCGUCUCUUACUUGUACAGUAGCGACCUCCUGACAGUCUUUCGCAUUUAUGUUGUAGACAAAGUGCUAGGCACCAGCAUGCCAGAAUCUGUAGUGGACCGGCGGAGCCCGCAAGGUGUCCCCUACACGGAUCUGCAGCACAUCGUCAACGCCGACGGACUGCACUUGUUCUGCCGCUACUGGGAGCCCGAAGGCCCCCCAAGGGCGCUGGUGUUUGUGGCCCACGGGGCAGGGGAACACAGCGGGUGCUACGGUGACCUCGCCAAAACGCUCUCGGGACACGGCCUGCUGGUGUUCUCGCAUGACCACGUGGGUCAUGGCCAGAGUGAAGGGGAGAGGAUGGUGAUCGAGAACUUCCACAUCUUCGUCAGAGACUCUCUGCAGCACAUAGACCAGAUCAGGGGGCGGCACCCGGACCUGCCCGUCUUCAUCGUCGGACACUCUAUGGGUGGGGCCAUCUCAAUCCUGACUGCGUGCGAGCGGCCGAAGGACUUCGCUGGAGUGGUGCUGAUCGCGCCCCUGGUCCAGAUGAGCCCCGAAUCGGUCUCACCCGUCAAGGUGUUCAUGGCAAAGAUUCUGAACCACGUGAUGCCGAGCCUCACUCUGGGGUCUAUUGAAUCCAAAUGGAUUUCUCGGGACCCGAAGGAGGUAGAGGCCUACGACAGAGACGAGCUGAACUACCACGGCGGCAUACGCGUGUCGUUCGGGAUGCAGCUGCUCGCUGCCACGCAGCAGAUCGAGAGGGCCCUUCCCGCCAUCACCUGGCCCUUCUUCAUUCUCCAGGGCGACGCUGACAAACUGUGUGACAUCAGAGGCUCACGACUGAUGAUGGAAAACGCGAAGAGCACUGACAAAAAGAUGAAGGUGUACGAGGGGGCGUACCACGCCCUCCACCACGACCUGCCGGAGACGGUGGAGUCGGUCCUGCAGGAGGUGAGCGCGUGGGUCACCGAGCGGAUCGAGGGGCAGCGGGCGUCCAGCUAGAGCGUCCGCCAUCUUCCUUCCCCCCCCGUCUGCCCGCCCGUCUGCGUCUCUUCACCGCGCGAUCGACUCACCCUCGCAACCCGACAGGGGAAACCCUGCGGCCGAAUUUGGACACACACCUCUAGCAAUGCACCAAUCACAGACCAGGAGCAGCGUGACUGCGUUCCACCGCCAGCUCGGCCUCUCGGCUCAUUGGCUGACGGAUUCCGGCGAGGGCCUCCAACACCGCGGGAGGAGAGGUGAGCGGGGUCAGUCGGUCGCCACGGGGCUAUUAUGAACGACCUCUGACCCCGCGCAGAAUGAUGAAGAGCCCGUCUCAAACCUUUUCUGAGGGCAAAAGCUUCGUUCCUGAUAUUGGAGUGCGGAGGCGGAGCUCUGUACAUUUAACGGACAGACCGAGAGAUUGUAUUACUGAGGGAAAUAAUUUAUUGAAUGACUUCCCUGUAUCUUUAUCUGCAGUGUGAAGUGGGCCAUACGUUCCUGUGGAGAAAUGUUCUUUUUUUUGUCAAACAUCUUGUGCUCAUUAGACAAUCAGCUUCAGGUUUAUUUGCUUCCCAGCAGGGCUAAGUUUCUGACACAGGUGCCCCCUAGUGGUCAUCUGGCAAUACUGCCUACAACUCACAUGCCCUGUAAAAGGAACUGCUUGUUACUAUGGUAACAUUUCAGGAUAUAAAGCCCCAUGUAGAAAAACGGAUGUAUCUUCAGGAGGCAAACAUGGCGCACCAUGGGUUAUUGUGCAGAAGCUGUGUACUAUUCAGACCUAUGCCACAGUGAAGCCAGACAAGCUGUGAAGUGGACUAUGAAUUGCAUGCUGGUUACUGUGCGUCUCUCUUAAUUAGACUAAUAACUAUAAUGACUUAAAUUGUGUGGGAAUGUGCUUUUUAUCUACUCAGUAUCUUGUAUGUCAUUGUUUCUAGUUUGUUAAUAUGGUCAGGAUUGACCGUUGAUUUAUCAUAGAUUUAUUGUAAGGUUAGUAAUAUAUAUGUUGACAGUCUAUAAUAUAGCCAAGUGGGACUGGAUUUUUCUUGAAUCAGGCUGCGUGCAUGUGUGUUCACGUGUGCAUGUGUGUGUGAGUGUGUGUGUGCAUGCGUGUGUCUGUGUGUAUGAGCAUGCGUGUGUAUGUGUGUGGGUGUGUGUGUGCAUGCGUGUAUGUGCAUGCGUGUGUAUGUGUGUGUGUGUGCAUGCGUGUGUCUGUGUGUGUAUGUGCAUGCGUGUGUGUGUGUAUGUGUGUGUGUAUGUGCAUGCGUGUGUGUGUGUGUGUGUGUGAGUGCAUGCGUGUGUGUAUGUGUGUGUGUGUGUGUAUGUGCAUGCGUGUGUGUGUGUGUGUAUGUGCAUGCAUGUGUGUAUGUGUGUGUGUGUGUGUGUGUGUGUGUGCAUGUGUGCCAAUGAAGUGUUCAACAGGCUGUGGCAGUCUGCCGAGACUGCCAGUACUACGAAGCUCGGAUCCUCUCCAAGCAGAACAGGCAGCCACUUUUUUAUCGUUUUUCAAUUAGAGUGUACAUCUGACACGGGCACUGUGUUAACACAUGAACGUACAACUACUGUUUUAGCACAUGUAACUUGAUCACUGUUAGAAACUACUGUACAUUUAUACAUUCUGAAAGCUGUGGGUAGUUGCUUUAUGGCAUUGAUCGGAAGACGGUCACAUGCAGGCUUACAGAAUGUGGUUUGGAAUACUGAGCUUUUUACAUUUAACUCAUGUGGUCGGGAGUACUCAUGUGUUUAUGUACUUGAUGCAGGUAAUAAAACACUAGACAUCUUUCA